AGAGGGAUGGAAGGAAACAAGUUUUGAAUACAAAUGAGCUUCUCUCUAGCGGCACAGAUACCACACAUCCCUCUCUCUUACUCACACACGGAUACGCAAUCUUCCACACACCCUGCCUCUCGGUGUGUAUUGGAAGACAACGCAGCACAUGCAGUAAUUCCCGACACUUAAUUGAUUAGCCCAGGCUGCUUAUUUGAAGUGGCUAAUUAGAGGGGGAGUGUGUCGAGUGUGUGAGGAGGGCUGGGGAGUCGCUAGCGCGCUUUAUCUCCGUGCGCGUGUGUCUGUCUGAGGAUCUCCAGUACCACGCUUCACUCUGGAGCAGGAGGAGAGAAGAAGAAGAGAAUUGAUAGAGAUGCAGCUGGGUGGGGAGAUUUUCACAGCACUUUCCCUCAUCUGACAUGGCCUCCGCGUAGGAAUCUGGUGCCACGGCAACAGAGGAGCUAGGCAGCAGCGAGGUGUCUAAGGCGUGAGGAGAGUGAGUGCUGGAGAGAGGACAGGAGAGAGAAAACGAGAGCAUGAUGGCGGCGGAGGAGGAGAAGCCGGGUUUGAAGAGCAGCAGCUCCAUCGUUCCCUGCUUCUUGUUUGUUGAGCUGGUGAUCAUGGCAGGGACGGUUCUCCUGGCGUACUACUUUGAGUACACAGACACGUUCCCCGUGCACAUCCAGGGCUUCUUCUGCUACGACAAGACGUUCUCCAAGCCCUACCCCGGCCCGGAUGAAACCAGCAAGAUACCCCCACUGCUGGUCUACUCACUGGUUACAGGCAUCCCCUGCUUUACGAUCCUGGUGGGGGAGCUGGUGGCAUUCUUUCUGAAGGCUGAGGGGACACAAGAGAAGACCAUAGUGACAGCAGACUGCUGCUACUUCAACCCCCUGCUGCGACGCAUCGUCCGCUUCCUAGGGGUGUUCUCCUUCGGCCUGUUCACCACCACCAUCUUUGCCAACGCGGGUCAGGCGGUGACAGGAAACCAGACGCCUCACUUCCUGUCUGCCUGCCGACCUAACUACACGGCCCUGGGGUGCACAUCCAACAUGCAGUACAUCACCCAGCCCCGUGCCUGCACUGGAAACCCCCUGGUGGUGGCGUCCGCACGCAAAUCCUUCCCCUCCAAGGACGCAGCCCUCAGUGUCUACUCUGCAGUCUACACUGUGAUGUAUGUGACGCUGGUAUUCCGGACCAAAGGCACUCGGCUGACCAAGCCUACGGUCAGCCUGACCCUGCUAUGCCUGGCCAUGCUGGUGGGAGUGGUCAAGGUGGCAGAGUACCGCAACCACUGGGCCGACGUCCUGGCCGGCUUCUUCACUGGAGGAGCCAUCGCUGUGUUUCUGGUGACGUGUGUGAUCAACAACUUCCAGCAGACGAGGCCCCCUCCUCUUCCCCCGCGGCCCCAGCGCCCUGAGUCGGUGCUAGGCAUGCCCAUGGUGGCUCUGCCCUGUGUGGAGAGUCCACUCGAAAAGUUAAGUGGAACUCAGCAUCCUGCACUCUCCUCCUCCUGUCCUCCCUACAAUCCCUAUGUUCACCACCCAUUCUGACCAACUUUGGAUCUGUUUCUCUUGCUCCUCACUCGUUUUUCUUUUUUUCAUCACUCUUUCCACCACAUCUUUCUCUCUCUCUUUCAUUCCCUCUCCUUCUUCCUCCAUCUCUUCUCUUCUGUCCCUCCCCCACUCUUUUUCACUCCUUUCUCUCCCCUGCAGACUCCGAGGGGAUCUCCUUUCACAGAGAUCACAUGACCAUCAGCCGUAUCGGUUCCCCGCCACCCCAGAUGUCCUCAUUCCGUCUCGCUCCAUUUCCAGCGAAGUCUAGACCAGCCACACGAACAUGAACACUCACACGAACACCACUGCACCGCCCACCCGGCAGGCCGCUACUCCACCCUCUACAGAUCCUACUCCACGCAGGUCUAGACUGUCAAAACACACGCACACAAACACAACACACACAGCAUACUCAGACCUCUACAAACCUCCCCCUAACCUUGUCCAAGCCCAAACCCCUGCGGGAACCGAGAGGUGAGCUCUCAAAGUGAGACUCACAAAGACUUAACAGCUUUCCAGCUGAACAUUCACUACAGUGUCAGGUACAGGUAUGCCUCUUUCAUUUAGUUGUUUUCAGAGGCUUCUUUUUUGUUUUGCAGACUUUUUUUUGAAUGUGCUUCAUGGUGUGAAGUACACGUUUCACUGAUAUCACAAGGUUAUGUUUCAUCUUCUACAUGCUUGUAAGGAGAAACUGUCAGAAUCACUUUGAGAACUGUGUUCUUUUAUGUUUUCAACUGUCUGUUGGAGAUGUCCUCACAGGCAAUGCAGCCAGUCAUCCUGAAACCCUUCAGUCAUUUGUGUCCCUGUGCAAUUUUAAGAUGAAUCCAAGCAACCGCUCAAUGAACGCUCUCUGCUGGCUUUAGGGCUCAUUUUCAGUAUCCUAGAAUGAGCCAAUCAUCAAAUAUCUGCAAGAGUCAACAAACUCAAGUGAACAAAUGUUUACGGACCAAUCACUUUCUGUAGCAACUGUGGUACUUAAUUACUGUACCUUCCAAAUACAGCAUAGAGACAACACACACAGAUCAGGCCUCUCUUCAGCUCUGCAUGACAUUACACAGAUCAAAGGAUUCUGUUCAUAUCACUGAGGAGAAGACAAUACAAGAACAAACGGGAUGACACUGCAGACGGUUUAUUUUUCUCCGCUUUCGAUUGGUUGCAGCUGCAGCAAGUCGGCAUGAAUAGAUACAGAUUUGGUAAGACUGGAUGAGACACAUUUUGAAAUACAUCACAAGUGGCAGGACAUGAGCUUUGUACAGUACAAAACAUUUUCUUUUAAACUCAAUGUAUCUGGACAGGGAACCUUGGUUACCAAAGCUUUGUCAUUGUGAUGUCACGAAAAUACUUGUUUACUUACACAUCCCUUUUGCCUGGAAUGGAACGGAUCACAUCGGCAUGGACAGAACGCCACACUGGAAAACCAAGAUUCCCUGUCUCUGGGCUGUAGAGAGAUAUUAUUGGACUUUGCCUAUUCAUGUGAUAAUGUGAUUUAUUUAUGAGGAGAUUAAUCAUAGAUGUAUUUAUUUGAUGUGUAUAUAUGGUGUGGUUGCCACAGUUUCAUUUUGAUUUGCACAGCCCUCACUCAUAUCCAGUGGUGUGAAGUACUUAAGUAAAAAAUACUUUAAAGUACUACUUAAGUAGUUUUUUGGGGUAUCUGAACUGUACUUUACUAUUUAUAUUUUUGCCAACUUUUACUUUUACUUGACUACAUUCCUGAAGAAAAUUAUGUACUUUUUACUCCAUACAUUUUCCCUGAUACCCAAAUCAUUUUUUAUGCUUAGCAGGACAGGAAAAUGGUCCAAUUCAUGCACUAAUCAAGAGAACAUCCCUGGUCAUCCCUACUGCCUCUGAUCUGGAGGAGUCACGAAACACAAAUGCUUUGUUUGUAAAUGAUGUGAGUGUUGUAGUGUGCCCCUGGCUAUCCGUAAAUUAAAAAGAUUUG